UGAGGGCACACCUCCCAUUCCAUUGAAGAAGGAGACUCGGGGAGGUCAGCAGCGGCUGUGCUUACUUCCCGACUGCAGCAGUGCACCCCAGUCUCACACCCUUCGUCGGAGGCAACCGGACAGAACUCUUCUGCAGCCAAGGAUUGUUGGCAGGACCAAGGAAAUUUGCUUGACGCAGAGAGCGAGCCCACACACCCACAGCCAAAAUGGCCGAAGAUGCUGACAUGCGCAAUGAGUUGGAAGAAAUGCAGCAGCGUGCUGACCAGAUGACCGAUGAGUCACUCGAAAGCACUCGGCGUAUGCUGCAGCUUGUUGAAGAGAGCAAAGAUGCUGGUAUCAGGACCUUGGUUAUGUUGGAUGAGCAAGGAGAACAACUGGAGCGCAUCGAAGAGGGAAUGGACCAAAUCAAUAAGGACAUGAAAGAAGCAGAAAAGAAUUUGACGGACCUAGGAAAAUUCUGUGGUCUUUGUGCCUGUCCAUGCAACAAGCUUAAAUCGAGUGAUGCUUAUAAAAAAGCCUGGGGGAAUAAUCAAGAUGGAGUUGUAGCCAGCCAGCCGGCACGCGUUGUGGAUGAGCGAGAACAGAUGGCUAUCAGCGGUGGAUUUAUCCGCAGGGUAACAAAUGAUGCCCGAGAAGGUGAGAUGGAUGAAAAUCUGGAACAGGUCAGUGGCAUCAUUGGAAAUCUCCGUCACAUGGCCCUGGAUAUGGGCAAUGAGAUUGACACACAGAACCGCCAAAUUGACAGGAUCAUGGAGAAGGCUGUUUCCAACAAAACCAGGAUUGAUGAGGCCAAUCAACGUGCAACAAAAAUGCUGGGCAGUGGUUAGAUGUGCCCCUGUGCUUGUUCUCCUCCUAAACACUGUCUGCAAGGGCAGCACUUUCAUGCUUUUUUUUUCAUGGUAUUUACCAACUAGGUUUGCACACAUGCACAUAUCAAAAAAAACCACACACCACAACAACCACCCCACCCCUCUCUCUGCUCUCCCAGACCAGCCCAUAUCCCAGUUGUAAAUGUUGUCCUGUGUAGGUUGUCAGCUUUCCAAAAAGGAUACUUGUAAAUUAUUCUCUUCCAGAUCUCUUCCUUUCCAAAGGUUGUAUAUAGUACUGAUUCGAUGGCUAUAGCUCAUGACAACGUUCGAUAUAUUUGUUGGAUUUCUAUUGCCCCCCUCCCUCCCCUCUCCCCGCAUUUCUUUCUGUCUGUCUGUUUUUGGUUGGUGAGGUUUUUUUAAACAACAACAACAACAACUUUACGAUGUUUUUUGCUGAAUGACAAAAAAUGUAGGAAUGCUCAACGUGCUGUUAAACUUUUAACUAUACAGUAUUGUUCUUGUAAAACUGUUAACAUUCCACAGAACCACCCGCAAGAGUAUUUUCUUUGGGUGUCAUGUCGUUUAAGCACUUAAGAAUUUGGUGUUUUCUCUCUCUCUCUCUCUCUCUAUCUCAGUUCUCCAUCGCUCUCUCCAUUGGUCAUUAUGAGUUCAUUGACUAGACAGUGUGGAAUUCUAUAAGUUAUAACAAGCAUUGCACUAAAAAAAUAAUAAUAUUAAUAAAUAAAAAGUGACGUGAUUUUAUGCAUUUAUUGCAUGAGAAAUAGACUUUUAGACUCCUUAACAUAAGUGAGACUUUUCCAUGGCAGUAGCAACAUCGACGACGGCAAAAAAGAAAAUUUUAAAAUUAGCAUGCUUCGUACUGGGACACUGUCAGGACUAUGUUAUAAUACCAGCAAGUUUGUAGUAGUGCCAUUUAUUUCUUCUUGUCAAUAUAUAUAUAUUAUAUUAUAUUAUAAAUAUAAAUAUAAAUAUAUAUAGUUAUGAGCCAUGUUCGUUUCUUUUCUUUUCUUUUUUCCCUUACUUUUAAUUUCAAAAGAGAUGGAUUUGGCACUCAUUUAACCAUUGCCAGUGAAUUAAAUGUUUGGCUGAUACUAUUGUCAAGGACAAAAAAAUACUAAAAAAUGAAGAAAAAAGCAUCAACAAAAAAGAAAUAAGUGUAAUAUAUAUAGUUUGUCUGCUGCUUUCAAAGAACGUCUUUUUUCGGGGGGGAGGGAAUGGCUAUCAUAUGAAAUGUUGCAGAGAAAUGUAAUUUUUAUAAGGCUCUCUCUAUCUUUCUAGCUACUCUCUCUCUCUCUCUCUCUCUCUCUCUCUCUCUCUCUCUCUCUCUCUCCUCUCUAUCUUUCCAUUUCUCUCCCCCCACCCCAAUGUGGUUUGUUAUUGGUACAAUUCUCUGUUUGCUUACCUAGAGCUAUGCACACCAAAAUCACUGCGAUGUUUAGUAGCUGUUAUUAAUUAAAAAACAAAAACAAAACAAAAAAUAACCUACAUGAAUGAAAAUCUAGAUAAAACUGUGAGAUUAAAUAUAGUUGCCGCAUGUACUA